AUGGCAUCCGCUAGCUUUCGCUCGCGGGCUUUGAUCCCGUUUUUGGUUUCCAUGAUGCUGUUCACGGGGGUCUGCAACACCCUUCUCACCAAGUACCAGGACAACCAAUGCGUACGCAACUGCGACGACCCUGAUCCAGCCAAGCGUCAGCACUUCGAGCAGCCCGUAAUCCAGACCCUCCAGAUGUUCCUUGGCGAGAUGGGCUGCUGGCUGGUCGUCGCCGUCAUGGAGUUUCACCGCCGCUACUUCGGCGCGGGUGAGAAGGGCAAGGCCCGCCACACCUACCAGCCCGUUCGCACGACCGCCGACGACGAGGAGGAUGGCACUGCUCCGCGCCAUGCCGCUGAUAAUGCCAGCAUCCGCUCCACCACUGCGCUGAACCCGUCUGGCCACAAUGACAACGGUACCAACAACAACAAUGGCUGCUGGUGCGGCAGCCAGAAGCCCCAUGACUGCCCCUCCGUCCUGGCCGGUUGGCGUGUCAUGCUACUCGCGCUGCCCGCUAUCUGCGACAUCAUGGGCACGACCCUGAUGAACGCGGGUCUCCUGCUGGUCGCUGCUUCUAUCUACCAGAUGACCCGUGGGGCCUUGGUGCUAUUCGUCGGCAUCUUCAGCGUGGUGUUUCUGGGCCGACGGCUAUAUGCCUUCCAAUGGAUCUCUCUCGUCGGUGUCAUGCUGGGCGUCGGCGUGGUCGGCCUGGCGGGCGCUAUCCAGCCCGAUAGCAAGCACCCCGUGUCGGCGGCCGCUCUGGACUCGGUGGGCGCGGACGCGCUGCGCGUCAUUGUCGGCGUGCUGAUGAUUGCCGGCGCGCAAAUCUUCACAGCGACACAGUUUGUGCUUGAAGAGUGGAUCUUGGAGCGGUCUGCGAUCCAGCCGAUUCGUGUUGUCGGCUGGGAGGGCCUGUUCGGUUUCGUGAUUACGCUGCUGGGUAUGGUGGUGCUACACCUGGCGAUCGGACGGACCGAGGCUGGCCGGUAUGGUCCUUUCGAUAUGGUGGAGGGGUGGCGGCAGUUCUGGGAGUACAGGCCCGUGUUUGUGUCGAGCAUCUUGAUCAUGAUCAGCAUCGGCGGCUUCAACUUCUUCGGCCUCUCGGUUACACGCAGCGUCAGCGCCACAUCGCGCUCCACCAUCGACACAUGCCGCACGCUCUUCAUCUGGAUGGUUUCACUCGGCCUGGGCUGGGAGACAUUCAAGUGGCUACAGGUUGUCGGUUUCGCCCUGCUAGUCUACUUCACCUUCCUCUUCAACGGCGUUGUCCAGCCGCCAUUCCAGUGCCUGCGUCCCCGCGACCGGAUCGUCGAGGAGCUGCUUCCAGAGGAGCCGAUCGAGCAUAACUAA